AAAACAAGGCAUAUUAGUCCAAAAGCUGUCUGCAGCAGGUAGGACUGUAGAAUAAAAACAACAGAAAUAAACUUAUUUCAUGACAGCGAUGUUUUCAUCAAGACAGCUGGCUAAAGGCUAUUGGCACAGGAUGCUUAUUUGAAUAGAUCAGCGGACAAGGAAAGUAGAUUGUUUUAAUUUGACUCUUGAUUGGUAGAACGCGCUGAAAAGCUGGCUUUUUUAAAAGCUACUUCAGCUUAUGGAAAUUAAACAGUCGUGGGGUCUGUAGGAAGGAAAAAGUCGUGGAAAGUCUCAAAACGUGAGGAAAAAAAAAUGGGUUGCAGCCCUUCGCACGCUGUGAUCAUAAAUUCGUCACCGACGCACGAAACGAUAUGUUUACAACCCAGGAUAUACAUGGUUUCCGAAUCCACUCUCUGUCUUUUACAAGACGUAGGAGAGUUGAAGGUCUACAAUAUCGACGAAAGAAAUCCUCAAACCGCUAUUGAACGCUUUCGAGGCGCCCAAGAACAACUCCAAAAUCCAUUGAUGUUUCAUCCUCAUCUUCGCUCGCGGCAUAAGCGGAUAAGCGAAGGUGGCGAUUUGCAAUCGGCUGGUUCGACGAGCAUUGCAGGCGAUCCGCUCAGUGAGGAAAAUACAUUGGUUGGAGAAAUCGCUCCACACGACGAAGGUAGUGAGGUCUGCAGUGAAUCCAUCGAUAAAAUGUGCGACAAUACAAACCCACGGAUACAAACAGACUCUCCCGGAUCUCCAAAUGCACAUUCUGUAACUGUUGAAGUUUACAGUUACAAACAAAACUCAGAUGGACUGGAUGAACAAAGCCAAGCGAUGAACGGUAUUGAAACAAUGGAAAAUAUGGCGAAAGAGCCGAGCAUUGCUGUGAAACCUGGAACUUCGGGUGCUUUGAUAGAAAUAGGUCGUAUAUCUGAUGAGCGAGGCAACAUUGACGAAAGUUUUGACAGUGUGGAAAAUCACGAAAAGGCGAUCGUCGCGGUAAAUAAUGACGUUUUGGUUGCUGUAGCAGCAAACGAGAAAACUAAGACAAAUUCCGAGCAAGGUGUUAUUAGCGAGAGCUUUGAAAACGCAGAAAAUCUUGACAAGAACAUCAUCGCUGGAAACAGUGGUGCUGCAGUUACUGUAGAAGCCAUUGAAAGAAGACAAACAUUUCCUGAACAAGGUGGUAUUAGCGAGAGGCAUGCACUGCACGAGGAUGUUGUAGACAUGAGUAAUUCGGUCAACGAGCCGACAUUAAUCGCUUGGACAGAAGUUGCCGAUCAGUCGGCGCUGAUCACGGGAAAUGAAACGUGAUAGACAAAAGAAAAACGCAAAUUCGGAAAGCCAAAGAGUCGAAACGUCUCGUAGUUUUACGGCGGGUAAUUGAACAUCGUAUACAUGUGUAUAUUUCGUGUAGUGUUUUGUCCUAGGUAAGAUUUAAAUUGAAAAGGAAAAAAGGGGAAAAAACGAGCAUGUAAAUGAAAAAAACUUGCCGCUUUUUAUACCUACAAUUGUGAAUGUUUAAAGUUUCUCAUUUCAGUCGAAUGCCCCAGAAACAAAAGUGGAAACAUGUAAAUUAUAUGAUAUGCACCCUCAUGUUGUCAUGUUCUUGAAGAUGACCUCAGGCAGAACAAAAUAUUUUCAAUCGCCAUGCCUACCAAUUAGCUUUACAUAAAAAAAUUUGAUCGUUUUUAAUAAUUCGUCAGUGUGUGAUAACAGGAACAUCAACCGAACGCUUAAAAAAAAAAUGGUCUACGUGCAGCAAGCACUGAUGAAAUCAUGUUUUGAUUCGCGAUUAUCCUCAUCGUUGAUAAAAAAAAGUAUUCAGUAACUGAUUCUGCGUGUGGCAUUACCGACAUUAGCUUCUGUUUCUCUCUUUUUAACGCAAAUUUUAUCACGGCAUGAGAAAUGGACAUGCACUCAAGGUUAGCUCUAUAGCAAAGCGUUGUUCUGCUUUCUAUGUCGUUUUCGCGUUUCGAAAAGUGUGUACAAUUUAUGUCAUUUCCUUCACGGCGAGAAUGCAUAUUACGUUAUUUCCAAAGUAACCUCUUAAAACAUGUCUCAAAAACUGUUAUUUUUACUUUCGAUUUGCAACUUUGUUCAUCGCUCUAGUUUAUGAAUGUUUACUUUGGGGUGAAACAAUACAGUUACGAGGAGUUAUUUAGUUGUUUCCUCAGAAUUUUGAAUACAGGAUGCGGUUUUUAGCAAAUGAAUGGGCAGCUGCACUCUCUCCCUUGUUAUUUGCAUUUGGUCUGGAAAGGUUUUUAAACUAUGAUUCAGCUUAUUCUUUGUUCAGUUUUUUUUUUUUGAACGGAGCAACUGCGUUUCAGCAGUGCAAGGAAGUAGUAGAUACUUUGGGUUGAGCGUAAUUCAUUUUUUGCGGGACUUCUUCUUCUAUUUCUAGAAAACCCAACACAAAUACAAUAUAUGUAUAUACACAUAGAUACAUGUAUAUAUUAGUCACCAGCCAGGAGGUCUGUAUUAGGAAAAACUGUGCCCGAAGUCUGCGCUCAGUACAAAUGUCCAAAUUCAGUCCUCGGACUUGAAAAGAUUUACCAGUAAUGUUUUCGUAAUAGAACUCAAAACUUCGCUCAUCGCUUUACAACCAACAAAUUGUUUGGGAGAAUUCAGAUAUUAAAUGAAUGAAAGUUCCAUCGAUUAAUCCAAUUGUAAACAAAUACCUCUCGUUUUAACUUUCUGAGUUACUAUUUGUGAUUAUCAAUAUCAAUAACAAACGGUUUUAAGGUCGCGUUUCAACCCAUUGAAUGACAAAUUUUGCGACCACGAAUCCUUUUGCGAAAGCAUUUUUUUUCUGGCCACCAAAGUGAUUUGAG